UAGAGCGCCAGCCCAAAGCUCAGACGCUCAUCGCAGCCUCAACUCCACCUUCGGCGCCGCAGACCUGGGACUCCGACUCUCACGGGGAAGGCGGCCAUUCCAUACAAGAGGCUGCUUGCAGGCCUCCACGACACCCAGAACCGCCAGCGCAAGACACGCCUAAGAGAGGCCGCCUGGUCUCGGGGCAAAGAGCAGAUCCGGCGCCACCGCCCACCGCAGCCCACCGCAGCCUACUCGCGGCCUUCCGCAGCGCGUGCCCUCUCCCGCAGGCCCAGCCCGGCUAGGACCGGCCUCGAUCGGAAGAAGGAAGACCGGGAUUGGCUGGUACGGGACAGUCUCCUUUCCUUGUCGCAACCAAUCUGGAUGCGCCGGGGGCGGGUCUGAGCGCCCUGACGGUCCGUUUCGGCGCGCGUUUCUUCCAGCCAUGGAGUCGGCGGCGCUGGUGCGGCGCCUCGCCCCGCGCCUCGGCCUUGCGGAGCCCGGUGUCCUGAGGAAAGCAGAGGAGUACUUGCGGCUGUCUAAGGUGAGGUGUGCCAGUCUGUCGGCGCACAGCUCAGAAACCAGCAGCGCUGUCAUAUGCCUGGACCUUGCAGCCUCCUGCAUGAAGUGCCCCUUGGAUAGAGCUUACUUAAUUAAGCUCUCUGGCUUGAACAGGAAGAUGUAUCAAAGCUGUCUUAAAUCUUUUGAGUGUUUACUGGGAUUAAAUUCAAAUGUUGGAAUAAGAGACCUCGCUGUACAGUUCGGCUGUACAGAAGCAGUGGACGUGGCUUCGGAGAUACUGCAGAGCUACGAGUCCAGUCUUACCGAAACACAGCGAGCAGACCUCGACUUGUCCAGGCCACUGUUCACCACUGCUGCACUGCUUUCAGCGUGCAAAAUUCUGAAGCUAAAAGUGGACAAAACUAAAAUGAUAACUACAUCCGGUGUGAAAAAAGCAAUAUUUGAUCGGCUAUGUAAGCAGUUAGAGAAGAUUGGGCAGCAGAUUAACAGAGACUCUGGAGAUUUAGCCAGUCCAGCACCGAAGAAAAAGAAGCCAUUGGUUGAACUGCCAGCAAAAGAACUAGAAGAAGUAAUAGAAACCCCAAGUAAGCCAGCAAAAGAUGAAGGUCUGACACAGGAUUAUGAGGAAUGGAAAAGGAUGAUUUUGGAAAAUGCUGCCAAAGCUCAAACAGCCACAGCAGAGUGAUUCCCUUUCCACUGCUGUCCUGUGCUUUGUCCUGUGAAGGGCAGUCUUGUCUGAACUUAUACACCGGGCAUGCUGAGGACUGUCUCAAUAUGGAAGAUACCAGCACAGGCUCCUCAUAGGGAAAUAGUUCAGCCAUGCCACCUGCAUAGACUCAGGUCUGUCUUCUCCUGUGGGAGGGAACUGGGACCAUCUUGCUUCUCUGUGUUAAGCUUCAGGAAGUCUCCUAUCUUAACCAAGAAUUCACAUUUCAAGCUGAAAGUCAUCUCAGGCAUUUUACUUGUUUUUGUGGUUUUUAAUUUUAUUUCAUUAAAUCAGAGUUAUACGGCCUAACUUAAUAAAUGCAUUUGUUUUAUUUUA